ACGUCAUGAAGUCAGAAAACUUUUCACUGGCGCGACGUUUGUAAAUCGAUUAUGGAAGAAAAUUGUCUUCACUAUGUCAAUUUUCAAGAAAUAAUCUAAGGUGACCCAGCAGUGAAGUGCCUGGUCGACUAUCACCCAUCCCAUGCCUCGCAUCUCCCCGGACUGGACCACACCCACUACAGGCAGCCAUGAUGGACAUAGAGUGGUGGAGGAACCUGAUCGCUGCCGACAUCUACGCCACGUUGAAGCAGAAGGAGCAGGAGCUGCCGAUGUUCCACGGUCAAGGCUUCCAGCUGUCAGCUCGCACGUACCUGGUGGACUGGUUGUCUCUGGUGGUGGAGCAGCUCCAGCUUUCCAGCCUCACCCUCCAUCUUGCCGUCUUCCUCCUCGAUUUCUACAUGGACUCGGUUGAUACCGACAGAUACAAACUCUACCUUCUUGCCAUGACCUGUCUCCGUGUGGCUUGUAAAUUUGAAGAACACAUUGACAAACUCCCCCGUCCCUCUGUGCUAAAUUCCCUCCUCCCAAAGACUGUUGGUGUCAGCCUUGGCUAUGACGGAUACCUACUGCCAGACUUCCUGGCCAUGGAACUGAGUGUGCUGAGGUUCCACAACUGGCGAAUCAGUGCUCCAACCACCGCCCACUUCCUCCCUUACUUCCUGACAAUAGCUGCUGAUGAGGGGGACCUACAUAAUGGUGUGCCCAUUGUGUCCAAGUCUGUAGUGCUGCCUUACCUGGAGAAACAUGCUAAAUAUUUCUCUGAGAUCUCUUUACAAGAUCACACAUUCCGUGACUAUCCUCCGUCCCUGACCGCAGCUGCAUGUAUAGCAGCAUCGCGGAUAUGUCUUCAUCUGACGUCAACGUGGCCCAAACACAUGAUGCUGCUGACAGACUACUACCUGGAGGAGCUCCUGCCGUGCAUGCAGCUGAUGUUGAGAUAUCAUCAACGAGAUGAAGCCAACCAGGCUAUGACAGCCACGGCGGUAGUGACGCCAAUUGUGGAGUACGCUGUACCGACAAUCUCCACAGCCUACUACAACCCCCAUGUCAUCCACCCUCAUCCCCACCCUCACUGGGUUACGUACAACCACCAUCUCCAUCAUGUGACCACAGCUCAUCAUGUUCAUCCCCUCGGACAGCUUGCUCUCUCAUAGAGUCAAGAAAUCCUGUGGAAUGAAAUCUGAAGCCAAAUCUCCAUAAGUGUGGACCAGUGGGCUUAAGUGCAAUGUAUAUUUAUGUUUGUCAAAAGGUUGGCCCAAACGUACAAGUCACUCAGUGGUUCUAAUUUCAGAGUAUUUCAUUGUUUAGAUUCAUGAUAUUGAUAAAUUCCCUCAAGGGACCUAUCAUCAAAUAUGUGUGUAGGGCGUGGGAUGAGUACAAUAUACAAUGUGUACAACAAUGUGUACAAUGAGGGAGGGUUCACCUGAGUGAGGUGGUGAAAUAACCAAUUCAUUAAGGAAUAACCUGCACCGCUCCGAACUCCCCUACACUGCUGGUAGGUCUGCAUACCUUCAGAAGUAGCUUUUUAUUUAGAAAUCUGGAAUGCAAACACUUUUGACUUGUAAUACAUGUGCUGAUUUUUUGUGUGGCCAUAUUUUCUGUCGGUUUGAUCUAGUCACCUGCUGCUGUUUCAAUUCGUUGUAAUAAGAGCCCCUUCAGUUCACUAAGAGGACAAAGGGGUGUGCAUAUUAAAACAUGUGUAUUUCAACAUUUGUUUUCACAGAUUCAGUGGAACGGAAUAAAAACAAAACUGAAAUCUUUUUUUAUUUUAGUCACUUGGCAGUAUACUGUUCCUAGGAUCUGAUAAACAAAUUUGUAAUAUACACACGAAAAUAGGGACCAUCUUUUCAGCUGGACACGGGGAGGAUGAUAAAAAUUACACUUUGAUCUGUAUGUUUCUUGGGGGUGGUUAAGGAACGCGGCACUUAUUAUGGCGAAUUCAGUAAUGGGCUGUAUUUAAAUUUUAACAGCAUAUUACCGUGGGCCCGCUGCACAAAGCCAUAAUAGCGUGAACACAACUUCCAUAUUUGAAUAUAGCUUUACAACAGGCGUUACACUAAGAUUGCUUUCUGCAGCGGGGCUUUUGUGAUAAUUUCAGUCUCUCCUUUAUUGUGAAAAUGAGGUGCUACUGUCUACUGUAUGCUAGAAAUAGCUGAACCCAUCAGCAUACUGUAGGAAACAUCAACCACUUUAUGUAGAAAUUGUUCAUACAGACAUACAAUCAUACCAGUAACUGACUCCAUUGUUCAAAUCUGGGGAUGAGCAAAGAAAGAUGAAUAUUAUCUUGUUCCAUUUAAUGUUUUUCAACCAGAUUGUGACACAACCGUUAUUGUAACAGUAUAGUGGAACAGUGUAUUCAAGCUUGUAAAUAAUGACAAUGCUCUACUUGGUACACUCUUUACAAAAUAAUACAUGCCACAAUACAAUCUUAGCUUCAUCAGAUGUUACGAUCAUUGUACAUUUAUACAAUUCAGUAAGUUUUGUGAGGUAAGCUUGUAUAACAGGGAAGUGUUUGUUUAGAAAAAUAACCAUUUCAAUUUCAAUUUAAAAAUCAAAAUGAUCAUUUUGCACGGAAACAUGGCAUUUAAAAAAAUGAUAUAUAUGUAGAUGCGUGAAGGCCGUUGUAUAAUGUAUUGCUGAAUUCAAUAUCCUUGUGCACAGCUGCAGCUAGACCAUUCAUCGUCACGGCUACAUACUUUUUCCAGUUGAGGGAUAUUGGAUUCUGCUUUUGCAUAUUUCACUGCAUCUAAAAAUCCAAUAGACACUACAAAUCUUGGCAUUCUCAAUGGUUGCCAACUGCUGGCAUUUGUCAUUACUUACUGGGAGA